AUGACGAGCGCGUCAGCAGGCAUCCGUGGCGGGAGGAAUACUGGCGGGAGGCGGGAUGGUAGUGGCGGCAUUGCAAAGGUCAGCCGCACUGGCCGAAGGGCCCCGAGUGACUCUAGCCCCGGAGUCCGCCCCGAACUCUGGCCCCGGAGUGGCCAGAUCCCAGACAUUCUGUGCGAUCUGAUCAAAGCAUUCCCGGAUCUCUUCUCUACUCCCAACUCAGCACUUCCCAUCUUCUUGCCAGGCGCAUUUAUUCGGAACAGAUGCAUAUACUCACCCAUCGCUGCAGGCGUCGUGGUGGUAUACGAUUGGGUACUUACACUUGGACGAGAGAUUGAACUCAUCUGGAGGCAACGCUGGUCUCUCAUGACUGCGCUGUACUUGGUUGUUCAUACGCUAUGUUGGAAUACCAUAUUCUGUUAUCACCGUUCUGCUACAUAUGCCAUUGGUCUCGAAGACAGAUGCAGUCAGUAUUCCCCAACCGAUCUCAUUACACUUAUUUGUAUAUUUGUAGGGGGAUCUAGAAAGAUGCUUAUCUUCCUUCUUAUUAUCUUCCUGGCUAUAACCAUCGCCUGGGGAGUACUCAUGGCAAUAGCACUCAAGCAUACUGUAGCGGAGGCGCUGAUACUCUCUGGCACAUAUAUGUGCGAUUAUGGAUUCAAGAAGGACGUCGGACUUCUUAUUUCAAUGAUUUGGGUGCUCUACACUAUUUGGGAGGUCCUCGCACUGUGUCUUUCACUCUGGAUUGCUGUGAAACACUUCCGUGACCUGCGACGACUCGGCCCAUUGACAGGAUUGACCAUCAGGGACUGUUUCAAAGUGCUGGUAAAAUCCCACGUGCUUUAUUUUGCGAGCUUUGUUAGCGCUUCCUGCUUCCAACUAGUUAUGUUCUCUCCAGAGCUCGAGAAUUCAAAUUCUACGAGAACCGACAUACUCAAUAAUGCUUGUCAGAUUUUCUUGAGCGUGCAGAUGUAUGUGCUGGGACCAUGCCUCAUCCUUAGCGUUCGAGAAUAUUACGCCAAGCUUGUGGACGAAUCCGACGCAGAAAAUAGCAUGAAUUCGAUUUUCUUUCAGGAGCGCAUACAUGUACCAACCAGCAGCACUGUAUAG